UGGUGACCAGUGCCUAGGAGGACAAAGGAGGGAGCUCGCUGGAGCUUUUGCUGCUAGGUCCUGUAGAUGAGGAAGUUCAGACCGUGGAAACUCCGCUGUCCUGCCAUCCACCUGCCCUCUCUCACUCUGUUCUCUCUCUGGAAGAGGGCUGAGCCCACCACUUCAUCCAAAGGGGACAUGUGUAAGAGCCUGACAACUGCAGAAUGGAAGAAAAUCUUCUACGAGAAGAUGGAGGAGGCCAAGCCUGCCGACAGCUGGGAUCUCAUCAUGGAUCCUAACCUGCAGCACAAUGUUCUGGCCCCAGGCUGGAAGCAGUACUUGGAGCAGCAUGCCUCAGGCAGGUUCCACUGCUCCUGGUGCUGGCACUCCUGGCAGUCUUCCCACGUGGUCAUUCUCUUCCACAUGUUCCUGGACCCGACGCAGAGGAUGGGCUGUGUGCGCAUGCGGGUCUUUAAGCAGCUGUGCUACGAGUGCGGCACGGCCCGGCUGGACGAGUCCAGCAUGCUGGAGGAGAACAUCGAGGGCUUGGUGGACAAUCUCAUCAUCAGCCUCCGCGAGCAGUGCUACGGCGAGCGCGGCGGCCAGUACCGAAUCCACGUGGCCGGCCGCCAGGACAACCGGCGCCACCGCGGAGAGUCGUGCGAGGCCUGCCUGGCGGGCAUCAACCACUGGAAGCCCAGCGAGAAGCUGCUGGAGGAGGAGGCCACCACGUACACCUUCUCCCGGCCGGCCAGCCCCUCCAAGGCUCCGGAGGGCGGCCAGGGCUGCAACUUCUGCUCCCUUCCCUGGUGCCUCUUCUGGGCCACCGUCCUCCUGCUCAUCAUCUACCUGCAGUUCUCCUUCCGCAGCUCCGCCUGACCUGCUCGGGGCACUGGGGGCCGCGGGGGAGCCCCCAGGCAGGGGAGAGCAGCGGGAGGUCGGCUGGCCAGGACCACCAUGGCUUUUCCAUCCCGGGCUUGGCUGCCGGGGAGCGUUCCCAAGAAAUCCCGGGGAAGGGGCUCCCCGGGCGGCUUCCUCUGGCCCCACUCCAUAGCCCAGCUCCCCCCCCCCCAUAUCCCACCUACAUGUCCCAGUCACACCCGUCCCCCAUCCCUGCCCCCUUCAGUUAAACCAUAAAGGCGAUGUUACCCUCAGGGAGGGGCGAUGAGGCCCGGGAGCCAUCUGCGUCCUACCUGACAGAGCCCGAGUCUUCCCUCCCCCCAGCCCCGGGCUUCAGCCUCCGGGGCUGGUUCAGAGCAGUCCAUUCCCCACCCAGGGCUGCUGCCUUGGGGAGCACGUCUAGGAGAGCCAAUUGCCUGAGGGAUCUCAGCCUGAGCCCAUCCCUGCCUCUGGCCUCUCACCUCUGGAGAUGGGCAGCCCGGGAUAGAAGCCCCAACUGUCCGAGCUCCCUGGGCCCUGGGGAGGCCUGGGAAGAGCCCCAAGGCUGAGGACCGGCAGGGGCUCCAAAGAAGCAGCCGCAAGCCUAAGCCACUCAAGAGACUUGGCCUCAGCCUAGCAUGGUGCCUGGCGCAUAGUAGGUGCUUCUAAUUCACUGACUGAGGUGGGGACUAGAAAGGAGGAUGGGGAAGACUAGUGAAUGAUGGGAAACUCUGCCUAUAGAGAAGGGCUGUAGAAACCAGGAUCUUGGAGCCCAGGUCAGUGACUGCACGUGGAGGAUGGAUAGGGCCAGCCUAGUCAGGCAGUCUGUUAGCACACUGCUGGUGUUGAGGUCCCAGAUUCCUUUCUACCUGUUGGUCCCCAAGAGUGUGAAGUCUUUGUGUGUGUGUGUGUGUGUGUGUGUGUGUGUGUGUGUGUGUGUGUGAGAGGGCCACAUUAACUGGAGCAACCCUGAAUCUGGACUUCCUACGCAUUCCUGUAUUUGUUUCAUUGACAUAUUUGCCCCCUUUCGGGCCUUUAAAAAAUCCCUGCCUUCUGUUUUAGAAUCAAUGCUAAGUAGCAGUUCCAAGGCAGAAGAGUGGUAAAGGGAUAGACAAUUGGGCUAAGGGACGUGCCCAGACUUGCACAGCUGGGAAGUAUGUGAGGCCUGAUUUGAACCCAGAACCUCCCAUAUCCAGGCCUGGCUCUCAAUCCACCCCGCUGUCUAGAUACUCCCUUCUUACUGCAUAUGUCUUCCUUCUUUCUCUUUUGACUUAGUGGGCACCAUGUUGACCUCAAAGAUAUCUGCCAUAAUAGUUGUAACAUUCCCACUUUCUUAGGAGAAUUUCCCACUGGAUCUUGUCUGUCUCUGCUGACUGGCAGCCCUUGGUUCUGGUCAUCUCUUCUCUGACAACUGGCUUCCCAUAUGCCAACCUUUAUCCCAGCCCCAAAGGAAUAUUCAGGAUCUCCUUCCUUCCUCCCUCCCACUCCCUUUCCCCCUCCUUUCCUCCCUCAGUCCCUUCCUCUCGCCCAUUUCUCCUUGGUUUAAGUCACAUCCCUGGUAUUUGCUGGCUGUGUGACCCUGAGCAGCUUGCUAGACUUCUCUGAUUCGCUUCUCCUGGCUCUAAAGCUAGAGAGUUGAAUGAGAGGUCCUCUGGGCUAGCUUCUAGCUCUAAAUCUUGAGAGCCUUUGAUUCUGGGCCUCUUGAGAUCUGACAGGUUGGGAUUGGGGAGUUGGGAUGACUCGUACCAGCCGUCAUGGGCUCCACUGAUCGCACUGCCAUUAGAGCCAUAGAGGAGGAAUGGGUUCCAUCUUGUUAGGAGUGGCCAGGAGCUGGCUGGUCCUCCAGGCAUUAAUCCUGUUGAAUUUGACCUCUUCUCUGGCGCCCAGUGACGCCCAGGUUGGGACCAAUGGCCUCAGAACAGGUUUCUCCUGGGAAUUCCCACUGGCUAGCCCUGUGCUGCCGGGCUCACCCCCUUCGAGGCUCUAGACUCUGUUAUUGGCUCCUGGAGCUUGGCGAGGCUCCUUGAUGGCCCAUGCCAAGGCCUUGGGUCUCCUGCCGUUGUAGCAGGAGGUGGACUCUGAGAGACACUUGGGAGACUUGGGCCAGGCACGAAAGGCCCCUCCACCUCAUCGUCCCACGACUUAGCCAGGGAGGGGCUUUCUUCUUUUCUUUGGGUAAAAGCUGCAGAGACAGAAUCUGGGGUACGAGCUAAUGUUUUAAUGGUGGCCCUUGUUGACACAUCCUUGAACUCCCCUCUCCUCCCCCUUUGUCCCUCCCCUAAGCCGGGAGCUGUGCCCUGGACUUGGGCUUGACAGCACCUUAGGGGCCGCCCAGGACUCUCGCUUUCCAAGAGAUCAAACUGAGGCCUAGAGAGGAGGGACUUGCUCGCCCGUGAUGCCCGGGAGUGAGAGGACUCGGAAAGGAGAAGUCCGUCUUCAUGGGUCUGUCUGAGGGAUGCCCAGGUGGCACCUGCCUGGGAGCGGAGAGGAGGGGCUGUGUUUUUGCUUGACUGCAAAUUUGUUACUGCAAAGUUGUUUUUCUUGUCAAAGCUGGAAGCAUGAGAAGGAGCGAAGAUUAUUUUUUGUUCAUUGAAAUUAAAAGAGAGGCAGCAAGGUGGUUCUGUGAAUAGAACCCAAGAUCUGGAGACGGGAGGUCCUGGGUUCAAAUGUGACCUCCGAUACUGUCUAACUGUGUGAUCUGAGCAAGUCACUGAAUAUGAACUGCCUAACCCAUACCACUCUUCUGCCUUGGAAACAAUACUUAAUAUUGAUUUCAAGACAGAAGGUAAGGGGAAAACAAAGAAAGAAAAGAGGAAAGAGAGCCAGACAGAGACAGACAGACAGAGAGAGACACAGACACAGAGAGAGACUGAGAGAGAGAGAGAGAAAGAGAGAGAGACAGAGACAGAGAGACAGAGACACAGACACAGAGAGAGACUGAGAGAGAGAGAGAGAAAGAGAGAGAGACAGAGACAGAGAGACAGAGAGAGACAGUGAGAGACACAGAGAUAGAGAGAGACAGACAGAUAGACAGAGACACAGACACAGAGAGAGACUGAGAGAGAGACAGAGACAGAGAGACAGAGAGAGACAGUGAGAGACACACAGAAAGAGAGAGACAAAUAGAGACAGACACAGACAGACAGAGAGGGCUGGAAUUUGAAUUCAGGCCCUUCAGUCCCCAGAUCCAGGGGAUCUCACUCUUCUGACCCUUGGCUUGCUGAAGCCUUCUGUUUCUCCCCUACAGACGUGGAACUGGCCAUACAAGGGGCUGCAGUGGCCAGGCUGCUGUUCUCCCCACAAAGCAGGGGGGUGCUAGUUAAGCUGCUGUUUCCCACCUCUCUCCCUGAUACCUCAGAACCUUGACCAAAGUUGGUGCGUUUCCCCAAGUGCCUGGGCUGCUCUCUUCCUCCGUGGCCCCGUCAGACAGCCUGUGCAGGGCAGGAGGAGGAAGCUUUGCUGGGCAGUUAGAGGAGGAGGCUGGCUGGUGAUGGGGCUGUGGGGCGUGGAGGAGCCUCGGAGACAGUUUCUCCAGUUAGCAGCGACCUUCCCUGGCCGCCAGUGGACUCAGGCCUCAGCUUUGCAAUGGACUCCUUCGUGGUGUGGACACCUAGGAACUCUGAGAUGCCACCUUCUUGGGACCCGGCGAGCUUUUCAGAGUCGGGUGCAGGGAAAUGUGAUUAAUUUGGAGCCUGCAGAGUGUGGAAACAGCAAUAAUCGGGGUGCUCGAGGUGGAGACUAGGCCCUGGUUUGGGGAAGCAAGUUAGGAAUCUUGGUAAGAUUGCUGGGAAGUUUAAUAAGGAACACUUAGAGACUGUGGGACUAACUAGAAAUGGUCUGUUCAUUAAAGCAGGUCCCUGAAGGACCUGGAGGGCAUUUGAUUUGCUUUGUGUGCCUGGGGGAGCUUCAUGCUCUUCUUUAAGGCUAGUCACUUGGAUUUGGCUCCCAGGGCUCUGCAUUUUAGGGAUCUGUCCCACACCCAAAUCCUUCCCAGUUUUUGUUUUAUAAAAAAGAAAUUCAUUGUAGAAAGAACCUGCAGAUGGCAGUCUUGGAACAGAGUCUGAUUAAGCAAACCGAUGGGGCUGGACUGGAAAUGGCCGGGAUUGCUCCUGCUUCUCCUCUCGGGUUGGGCUGCCCUUCCUGGACUGGAAGACAGUUGUGAUGCUAGUGUAAGCCUCGGCUUCUCCAGACAGAACAUCCCUCUUUCCUACAUCUGAUCUCAUGAUCUCCAGACCCUUCACCAUUCUGAUGCUGCCUGAAAUAUGGCGCCCCUGAUGAAGCACAGGCCCCCGAGGAGGUCCGAGCAGGGCUCUGGACAGAUGGACCUCUCUCUACUCCGCUCCAUGGCCUUUGUCAAAGUGUAAAGUGCUACAUGAAUGUCAGUUCCUUAUUAUUCUAAUAUUAUGAUCCUUGUCAAUGUUCCUGCAGUCUUAUUAAAAUGGAGAUGACAUUGGAUUCUUUUUGCCCCAUCAAGCUCUUGGUACGUAUCAAGCUUGUUGUCCACUAAACCUCCUACUGGUGCCUUGGCCACGCUUCCCCCAUCUGGUCCUGGUGCUUUGCUUUUUCAAAACCAAAAUACAGUUUGUAUUUAUCUCCA